CAACAGACGUCCAGAGUCCCAAGGGCGUCAUCGAUCAGCUGCUUGGGUAGGUGCCGGCAUAAAGUAGAGGGGACGUCGGCGUUGAAGCAGAGGAUACCAUGGCGGUGGGUAAGAAGCCCGCAGCCGCACCCCUCAAGGGCAAGAAGAAGCCCGCCACCUUUGUCAUCGACUGCGCCAAGCCAGUGGAGGACAAGAUCAUGAAGAUCGGCGAGUUUGAGAAGUUCCUGCUGGACAAGAUCAAGGUGGACAACAAGGCUGGUGUGCUUGGGGACAACGUGGUCGUGUCAAAGGACAAGACAAAGGUGACAGUGACAUCAGAGAUUCACAUGUCGAAGAGGUACCUCAAAUACUUGACCAAGAAGUUCCUUAAGAAGCACAAUGUCAGGGACUGGCUGCGAGUCAUCGCCUCCAACAAGGACCGCAAUGUGUACGAGUUGAGAUACUUCAACAUCGCCGACAAUGAGGCCGAGGAGGAGGAUUGAGCAUGGUUACCAGUAGCCCUGUUGUGAGAUAAGUGUGCAGCUCAGCUGCGAGGGGACCAAGUAAUCAUUGAGCACUGGCGAACAUUUAUUGCUGGGGUAACAUGGCAAUUUUUUAUCGCAAGGCUUUGUAAAGUCAUUCUCAUAC